AGCAAACGAAGAAAAUCUAACAUUACAACAUAAAUCUCCAUUAGAGCAAUACAGCCGCCGAAACAGCUGAACCAACACCAAGAGUUGGCCGACAGAGACUCGGCUCAGCCGGUUUUGAGUGAGUGUAAGAGAGGAUUGCUUUACUGACGUGUCAUUCAACUCGAUCGAGAACCAGAAGUCGACGCUGAGAGCCACACAGGUGAGCGAAGCGUGAAGAGGCCCGCGUGGCUAUAGCAACUAAAGAAUAUCUGUUGAGCGCAGCGAAAAAAGACGAAGAGUUCGCAAAGAGGGCCGGAAGAAGAAAGGUCAAGUUCAUAGGUGUUCUGGAGCAAGAGAUCCAUUUUUGCAAAGACAAUGAUGAGAAUACUGGUGACACUGCUACUGGCGGCACUUGUGGCGCGGCAUGCUACGUGGGCAAUCUCGUGUGCCGGCUGUGUGGACUUGGACGAAAUCAACUUUCAGAAUACCGUCGAGCGCUUUCCGUUUGCUGUGGUCAAGUUUGACAUUGCGUUUCCAUACGGGGAGAAGCACGAAGCAUUUGCUGCCUUCUCCACGGCAGCCCACAAGGUAACUGGAGAGCUGCUGGUGGCCACUGUUGGGAUCAAGGACUAUGGUGAACUGGAAAACAAAGCACUGGGUGAGCGAUUUGAGGUUGACGAAAAGAAGUUUCCGGCCAUACUCCUCUUCAAGGGCAGUGUGGAGCAGUUCGUUAAGUUCCCCAGUCACUUGGAGGUCACACUGGACAAUCUAAAGGCCUUUGUCAGCAGCAACACCCCCCUGUAUAUCGGUCGCGAUGGUUGCCUAAAGGAAUUUAACGAUGCCAUCAAAAACUACGCAAACCUACCGGACGAAGCUCAGCUUAGCUUGAUUGAGAAACUGGAGGCCCAGCAAGGGAGUGGGAGUGGCAAAUAUUACGUGUUGUACAUGCGGAAGAUCCAUGAGAACGGAUACGAUUUCCUCGAGGAGGAGACAAAACGACUGUUGCGCCUCAAAGCUGGAAAAGUGACCGCCGCCAAGAAGCUGGAGCUGCAGCAAAAGUUGAACAUUCUGGAAGCCUUUCGUGUCCACAACCUAACCAAAGUAACGCCCGAAAAGGAGUCAUCAAAGGAGGAUCUUUGAGCCAGUCUCUUCUGCACCUUCUGUAUGAAUAAACAAAAUUGUAGUGAUCUUCAAGUGCACUCCAUCUAGGGAAUCAGAUUUGUUUGUACAUUAAAGCUUAGUUUAAACAUA